GGAGAUGAAAACGAAGUCCGACUGAUGCGCCAUCUGAUGGCAGAUUACGACGCUGCCGUGAGGCCUGCUCAGAAUUCAUCUCUACCGCUCAGUGUUAUAUUUGGAAUUUCCUUACAUCAUAUCAUUGAUGUGGACGAGAAGAAUCAGAUCCUAACGACGAAUUGCUGGAUCACGCAAAUCUGGAUCGAUCAUCAUCUGAGAUGGAACGCAUCUGAUUUCGCAGGUAUCAAAGUCAUCAGGAUACCGUACAACAGAGUAUGGAGGCCGGAUUUAAUUCUAUAUAACAACGCUGAUCCCCAAUUCCAGUCUUCUGUCAUCAACACCAACGUCAUCGUAUCCAGUACGGGAGAGGUGGUGUGGCUCAGCCAUGGUAUUUACCGGUCCUCGUGCGACAUUAACGUGGAAUACUUUCCAUUCGAUCUUCAAAGCUGUCACAUGAAAUGGGCGUCCUGGACCUAUGAUGGAUACCAGGUCGAACUUGUGAAGCAAACUGAAGAAGGAGAUGUCAGCAACUACCAAGCGAACGGGGAGUUCGAUUUGAUUGGUUUUUCGUCCGUGAAGAAUAUCGAAUUCUACUCAUGUUGUCCGGAACCUUAUCCGGACAUAACCUACACCAUCAAAUUGAGGAGAAGACCGCUCUUUUACGUUUUCAAUCUGAUCUUGCCAUGCAUACUCAUUAACGGAAUAGCACUCUUGGUAUUCUAUGUUCCAUCUGAAUCCGGAGAGAAAGUAACGCUUGGCAUCAGCGCGCUUCUUUCAAUGACUGUUUUUCUCAUGACCAUUCGAGAGACAUUGCCUCCUACAGAAAAAACACCUCUUAUCAGCAUGUACUAUGGAGUGAGCAUAUGUUUGGUUUCUUUCGCAUCAGCGCUGUCAGUUGUCACUCUCAACAUCUACCACAGAGGAGUCAGAGGAGCAGCUGUCCCGGGACUAUUGAGGAACGUCGUCUUGGAAAAAUUAGCUCCACUGGUUUUUAUGAGGUUCGACAAUAACAGACAUCGAAGUCCUCCAGUCCAGGAAGUCAAUCCACAAACGGGAACAAGGCUGGAUUGUCCAUGGCCGUGGGUAGAUAAGCAACAGCAAGAAGACGGAUAUUUUUUACAACAGCGCCAGCAAAAAUCUCCAAGGUUUCUACAAAGAUCCAAAGAGGCCGAUCUAGAUGUUUUCGAAAACCAGAUUCUUCGAAUUCUCAACAAAGUACACGCCAGCAUCGACAAAAACGAUCAGAGGAUGAUAGAUCAAGACAGAAGAGAGCUGACCGAGCUAGAAUGGAAGCAAGCCUCGAUCGUCUUGGAUAGAAUACUGUUGGCGAUUUUUCUGUUGAUCACUAUUAUCAGUACAACAACCAUACUGUGUCGAAGCCCGACGGAUCAAACGUGAAUAAUUGUCAAUUAUCUAGAUUUUUUUAAACGAUGUAGGUAGAUAUAAAUGAAAAGGAAUGUUGUUGUCACGAAAAGUAAAAAUCCAGUGUCCUGUAAAUGCCAUAAAAACGGUUACGGAGUUUCUAGUUGAUGAAUCGUUCAAUUCUUGGUGUGAGGAAAACAAAUUUCAAUUAUUUAUUUCCAAAUACGAUUUGUCACAAAGGGCCAUUCAAUCACUGUCCUUGCGUUUUGUUCUAACUUAUCAGUUUUAGAAUUUUUCUGCUUGAAUGGAAUCCCAAUAUAUAAGAAUUGUUAGAAUUUCUGUAUAUUUCAUUUUUGUUAUAAAAUUUUCUUUCGUUAGAUAUUAUUAUAAUUCUCUUCUUCUCUCUCAACAGGCUACAAGGAAGUGCUCAGGUUUUCAAACUGAUGCCAUUGAUUUUUCUCUGCCUUCUACCCCCUCUUUUUCUCUCUUUCUCUUUCUCCACAGUAUUUUUUUUCUGAUCCCAACUUCUCUCUUUCUUCUCGUUCACCUCAGUUUUUAUCUGUUCAUUAUCCCCUGUUUACUACUAACUGUCACUAUUGUUGCCUAAUAUUUUUCUCAACGUCUAUCUGCGCUUCUGAACAAUCAUUUUCUUGAUUCUACUCACGCCUUGCUCAUAUUUUUUCUCUAACUCUACCUCUAUCUCGUGAUAUUUGCCUUCCUCUACUACUUUCUUCAGCCUGACUUUUUUGUUGUCUUACCUAUUCCUAUCUAAAUUUUUCCCACACCUAACCUAUGUCUGAUAACUUUUCUUUACUCUUUUUCAUUAACACCGCUUCAUGCAAGACAUAUCGCUUUUCUCUGAAAUUACGACUUUUUUUUUCGAAAUCGUAUUUCUAAAUAAAUAUUUUUCAUACUCGUCCACUGUCACUUAAAAAAAAAUUAACUGUCCUGUGGUUUGCUACGUGUCUUUAAUAUGUCAAUCCACUCCAAAUUCUAUAAAUUGAGUCAUGAGAAAUAUUUACUCUGUUUCUCUGUCAUAUACCUACAUAUACAAAAUAUGAAUAUAACAAUUUCAACAUUUUGAAUGUGGAAACCACUUAUGAACUCCAAUAUUGCAUUUACAUCCGUAAACAUUCCACCAGAUUCCAGAAUAUUCCGAGAUGUUCUGGAUUGUUGUGGAAUGUUUCAAAUAUGUUGUGGAAUUGGCCGUGGUGGUAGUGCGCCCGACUC